AGCGCUGAAGACGGGCGGCGUUUAUUACUAACCGCAAUAACCCAAGCCGGGACCGUAUAAAUCCCACGGAAGGAGUUUCACCUGCUACAGUAAGUUUGAGCUGAUUCACAGGAGUGGUUUUAUUAGCUUAACCUCGCGGGACUAAAAUGAAGAGCUCUGGACUGGGGACACACUGGGGCUUUGUGUGUGUGUGGCUGCUGUGCUUUGUGAACGCUUCAGUUUCAGGCUCUUUCCCAAAGGCUCAGAAUGUCACUUGGGUUUCUUUAAAUUUCAAGACCUUAUUAACAUGGAGCCCUAAACCUACUAACUAUUCCUACACUGUGGAAUUCUCCAAACUUCGUGAGGACAAUCGUAGGACCCGUAAUUGCAUUCGGAUGACUGAAACCGAAUGUGAUCUCACUGCUGAGCUCACAGAACUGAACAGCACGUAUGGAGCAGACGUUCUGUCAGAACCUUUGCGGGGCACGUUCUCUGAUCUCAUUGAGUUCCCCCGCACCGCAUCUGCUGAGUUCUGCCCCUAUCAAGACACCAUCAUCGGCAGUCCUACAUUUAAGAUUGAGGUGAGCAAGGACAAACGGAAGAUAACCCUCUACAUAGAAGAUAUCCCAACAGCGGUCCUUGAUGCACAGAAGCAGAAGAGAACCAUUCAGGAUAUCUUUAAAAAUGAUCUGCAGUACAAGGUCACUUACAAUAAAGCCAAGAGCUCUGGAAAGAAAGAGAAGAUAAGUGCGAGCAAUCAGAUAGAGCUGACAGAUCUGGACAAAGGAGUGAGUUACUGCUUCACUGUGCAAGUCUACAUUCCCUCACGGAGCAUUAACAAACGGCUUGGAGAGGAAAGUCAGGUUCAGUGCUCUGAAGUGGGGGACCUGCCUUUUCUUGAUGAUUAUAGCACUGCAGUGAUUGCUGGAGGUAUCGUUUUCAUUAUUGUCAUAAUAUCAGCGGUGAUUGCUGUCAUAGUUAUCUGCUGCAAACGACAACGGGAAGCAAAGAAUGAAGGAAAUGCUAUUCUAUAAAAAGAAGAGCGAUUACCUUUAAAGGGAGUGUGAGAACCUCUCUGAAUACAGGAACUCACAGUCAUGGGAACACAUGGUACAAAACUGGACUUACCCUUUUGAAGCAUCCUUGUUGCAACAUUACAGUGUUUUACACUGUAAUUCAUUUAGUUUCUGUGAAACUAAACAAGGUAGACAUUACACAUAGGAUUUACUUUCUAACAGAUAUCUGCAGACGUUCUUGCUCUUUUUUUCCAUCGGUACAUUCAAUCACUGGGAUUAUCACUGUUUUUUUAUAUUUCAUAAGCACUACCUUUUUGUAACAGUACUACUUUUAUAAUAGAUGUUUUAUUUUUGUAGGUUUACAAAAGUGAUAUAUGUAUAUUAGUUUAUAGUAAAAUCUUAUUUAUUUUUUUGCAGUUUGCUGAUUUAAUAGAUGUAAAACUUAACAAACACUGUUAAAAUGGGAGCUUUACAUUACACAUACAUACAUUCAUACAUAGAGUACAUACAUCUUUAGUUAGACAACUGGAAAAAUAUCCAUGGACACGAAACAGGCACAAGUUCAUAGAAAUGUGAAAUCAAUGGAAAAAGGUACAAAACUUUUUUGUAACAUUUUGAAUUUCAAAUAAAUUCUGUAAGUUCAUUUGGA